AUGGACACACCUCCGAGACGCGGGUCGGAGAACGAGUCGCCUGUUGUCGCGACUGCUGUCCUCGACACGGCGGAUGUCCAAGUCCCGACGCCCCCGAAACCGGCGUACCCUCCAUCACUGGCGGACUGGGCGGACUACAAGUCUCUGAUUCAAAAGCUCUAUGUCGACGACGGGCGUAAUCUCCUGGACGUCCAGAGGAUUCUCCGCCAGAAAUACCACUUCAGGGCCUCGUGCCGGUCAUACAAGAACAAGCUCAGAUCGUGGGGGAUCCGCAAAUACUAUCGGGCGGGCAUUCCACUUUCGAAUCCGCCUGGCAUCCUGUUUGAUCCCGACACGGCUCUGGUCUCGACCUUCAGCAGCGAUUUUACCGCCUCGCCGAACAAAACCGAAGAUGACGGUCGGUCCACCACGAGUUCUUCAUCGGCGCGGCCGGGCGGUUUGCCACGGGAGAGACUCACCCCGCCGGACGAUCUUGAUCCGGAGGGUCUAGGACUGCGAUCAGGCGGACAGCAGGAGCUGGCCAGGCGACUCCGCGGUGUCCCAAGUCCCGCGCCCGGCUUCCUGAUCAAGGACGAGCUCAACGACACGGUCGAAUCAAUCGUGCUAGCCACCCACGCCUUUGUCAAGUCCUUUGUGGCAGUCCCGGCUCCGCUCAGCCCGGGCGACACCCUCGGUUCACAAAGUAAACCAUUUCGGCGCCGGAAAAACUACAUCUGGAAUCAGUUCCAGCACGGCCUGAAUCUCCUGGAGCAAGGGGAGGUCUCGAACGCCUUUGCCGACUUCCAACGGGGCUGUGACAUGGCUGAGGAGUAUCUACUGCGUCCCACCAACCUCACCCUCGUGAGUCUGAUGAUGGUCAUGGGCAACCGCCGCUGGGAACGCUAUCAGCACGUGUGGCAGUCCGUGCUGCGCUUCAUGUCCUCCAUGUCCACGACGGCGCUGGGCAGUCAGCACCCGUUGACCCACAUCGUGAGCAGACUCGUGGACUGGGACGUGAUGCGUGGCGUCGCGCAGCCCUCCAUAACCGUCAUCUUUGACCUGAACCGACGGGAGCUCGGCCCGGCGCACCCCGACGUCCUUAUGCUGCAGCAGAGCCUGUCGGUCGAGCUGAUGCGCCAGGGCGAGUUCGAGCGGAGCGAGGCCCUGAUCCGAGAAGCCUGUUGCGCGAGCCGCGAGGUUCACGGCCCGUUCAGCCUGGCGACGCGCAACUGUCUGCGCCGCCUGGGCAAUCUGUACUGCGAGCAGAAUCGGUGGGACGACGCGGAGUGCGUGUUCGAGAGCAUCCUCGUGCUGGACUCCGCGUCCAACGCCUACCGCGGCCCCGUCGACCAAAGCAGCAUCUUCACGUGCCAGAACCUGUCGCUGGCCAACCACCGCAGCGGCGAUCAGGCCAAGAGCCUCUACUGGGCUGAGCAGGAGCUGGAUCUGGCCCUCAAGAUCUACGGGGCUGAGGACGAGUACACGGUCGACUGUGUGAAGAGGAAGGCCGCGCGACUGAACGGCGAGCCUGCAGAGAAGUGGUUCUCGUGGCUCGAGGUCAGUUGA